AUGACCGAUGCCAUUGCUACAAUCAAAAAGCGUACCGAAGACGUGUCCGCCAACGUAGCCACUCUGAGGAAAAAGGUCUGUGAUCCAUAUGAUAAGUUUGUAACGAAAUCUCAAAGGAAGCGGUUGGGAGACCGUCUGGCAGACAUCGGUGCUGCGCUUUUCUUCAAAGAGAAGAUUGAAUGGCUGCAAGGGGAUUUCGGCGGAGAAGGCUUUUCCUACCGAAAGUGUCUCUACGACUGCUGUCUCAAGUACUCGGGAUGUAGUUCCAACUUUGCUGAAGAAUUAGGGAAGGCUGGGAUUAUCCCUAUCCUGCUUCAAGACCUUCAAGAAGUCGAGAAGACUGGGAACACCAAACGGAUCCACAAACAGAUAUUAGACAAUUCCCUGGGUAUUAUGUACAACAUUUCAAGAAUGGCAUCAAGCACCAGACCCUUUUUCAAAGAGAGCGGUGCAAUAGAUGUCCUCAAGCCUUAUCUGAAGGCGGAGAAGAAACCGAAGGUUAGGAUUUGGGCUAUCCUCAUACUGGCGUAUGUAAUCGACGAGAAAGAAAAUCUGGAAAUCGUUGCGAACCCCGAUGUCAUCCUUUUCCUCGUCGAGAUGUUUAAAGAUGCUGUAGAUGAUGAGACGAGAGUGGUCCAUAGAUUUACCGCAACAGAACUGGCCAUGGCGGUUGAAAGGCUGGCGGUGAACGACACUAGCGAAGACAACAAUAAGUUAACACUGGUGGCGAAAGGUGUUCUCCCUCCCUUGAUCCAACUGAUGACUGAAGGACAUGAAGAGGAGCAGAUUCAUGCUAUCAAGGCCAUCUGCCAACUCGCCUUCCAUCCGACCAACAGAGAGAUGAUCGCUGGGCUCAAGACGAUCCCACGGUUGAGGGAAUUGGAACAAAGCAAGCACCGUGGUCAUCCGAUUGCAAAAGCCGCUCGUGGGGCUCUGUGGGUGCUACAGGAUGCGGAAACCCGAAAACAGAAGGGUACUAAAAUUGAUAAUCAAGACGCCGGAAAAACUGACGAAACCAAGAGAGGUAGCCGUGUUGGACACAUCAUGUUGAGUUACCAAUGGGACCACCAGGAGGUCGUCAAGAAGAUAAAAACUGCACUGGAGGCCAAAGGUUACCAAAUAUGGAUGGACAUUGAUCAGAUGGGCGGUUCCACUCUUGACGCCAUGGCGGGGGCGGUGGAGGGUGCAGCUGUGGUGCUCAUCUGUAUGUCCCGCAAGUACAAGGAGAGCGCCAACUGUAGGAGAGAGGCCAGCUACACUGCUGACAAGAAGAAAACAAUCAUCCCACUUGUGAUGGAGAGUGGGUACAGGGCUGACGGAUGGCUGGGGGUACUUGUGGCCAGCCUGCUUUAUUUUGACUUUUCUGACAAGGACCGUUUUGACACCGUGAUUGUGGCCCUUAUGAAAGAAAUAGACGUGGCUAUAAAGAAGGCUUCUGAAAAGGUACCUAAAGCCACCCGUAAACCUAACGGACCAAAGCUUCAAGACAGGACACAGGCAAACGUUAAGGAUAUCGAUGUCCGCAAGUGGAUACAGGAGAACCAGCUUGAAGGGGAUCUUGAGAAGUUGGAACCGGAGGACUUGGAAUUCUUACAGAUGAUGAAGAAUGAGUCUCCUGACGAGUUCUAUAAGUCACUAGUGGACGAACUGGGACUGAAGACCAUCUCCAGCAAGAGAAAGUUCACUAAGGCAUUGGAAAACCUGGG